ACAGAAAGAACAGUGAAGAUACAUGUAUCGGUGUGUUCUUUGUUGAAAGCAUAUGUGGUCGGUUAUAUUACUUGUUGCUUUUUAAAAAAAGUGGCCUGUUAAAAAACCAAACUUAUGGCAGCGGUGAAGCUUAUUCUAGGCUUGGAAUCAAUAAUAUGGUCCCCUAGAGAUGUUAUGGAUUGUACUUGAGGGAACCCUGCUUGCUUACUUUGACUGGCCUUGAAGUAGAAUCAGAUUUGUAAUGAAAGUUCAAAGUAAGUGUUUUGCGGUCGAACAGGAUGAGGUAAUAGUGCAGGUGGAGAUUUUGUAUCAACAUAUAAACAUAUUGGCAUUUGGCAAGUUUGAGUUUAGUUGGCAUGUGUUGUUUUUUGAUGAUGGAUGAUGGAAGGGCUGUUUUGAUUGGUUGUAGAACUUAAUUCUAGUUUGACAACUGACAUUUUGAUUGUGUGAAGGUAAUGAACAUUAGGUCGUAUAUUAAUUAGCCUAGAAUUAAAGUUAUCAUGUUCCUGUACUGGAAAAAGCGAGGUGCCUAUGAGCUGGAGGCGCUUCCGACCUCUCUCGCUCACACUGGAAUAGAGCGCUACUCCUGGUCCUCAUCCCUGGAUGUCAUCCACGAUCUGUGUGAUGACAAGCCCGUUCAGGAGGAGGACUGGGUGGUGUGCCAGCAUCCAGAGUGUCCUGAGCGCCGGAGGGCCUCGAGGGUUUGCCACCAUCCAGACUGCCAAGACCUGAAUAACAAAAGCCCACUUCACCUGUGUGAGUCAUGUGACUCACGCUGCCAUUCCGAGAAUACAGACAACAUGCACUUUGACCGGCACCCGCGAUUUGACUUACAACCUCAAGCCUCCAUCCUGGCUCGGAACGUGUCCACGCGCUCCUGCCCCUCGCGCACCAGCCCCCCCUCUGACCUGGAGGAAGAAGAUGAGGGGGUCAAUGACCGUGGGGAGCGUAAAACAGGGGGGAUGAAGUUGGUGAAAAAGAAGCCACGGAGAAGACACACUGAUGACCCCAGUAAGGAGUGCUUCAGCCUUAAGUUUGAUCUCAACGUGGACAUAAACACAGAAAUUGUACCUGCUAUGAAAAAGAAAACCCUGAGGGAGGUUCUAGGGCCAGUAUUUGAGAGGAACGGCAUUGAGCUGUCCCGGGUGGAUUUGUUUUUAGAUCAAUCCAACACUCCUCUGUCCCUCAACUUCGAGGCCUACCGUUUUGGAGGGCACUACCUCAAAGUCAAAGCACGACCAGGUGAUGAGCUGAAGGUGGAGCAGGGUGUGAAGGACUUGCGAUCGCUCAGCCUGCCCAACAUGAAGCCCUCUGGAGGUCAGAGCCCCUACAUCCUCGCCCCUGGCAGUGAACGGAUCGAGCAUGGAUCUCUGGGUCGCAAAGAAAGCGUAGAUCUUUUGGGUCAGGCGCGACGGAGGAAGAACAUGACAGAGUUUCUGGGGGAAGCGAAUAUUCCAACGCCGGAUGCUCUGGGACAGAUCGGUGGCUCUUUGCCCAGCGUCGGGGCCGGACCUGACAGCUGGAAGAACCGCGCUGCCAGCCGCUUCAGUGGCUUCUUCAGUUCGAACGCUGGGGCUGGGGCCUUUGGCAAGGAGGUCGACCGUCUGGAGCAGCUCCAGAGUAAGCUCCACUCCUACUCGUUGUUUGGGCUGCCCAAGGUGCCACGACAGCUCUCCUUCCACCAGGACUCCUGGGAGGAGGAGGAGGAGGAGACGAACCUCGCCCUGGAGGACAGCUGGCAGAUGCUACUGGAUAACUCAGAGACACUGACAAGGCGACAGUUCCACCAGCAGGAGGCGAUAUGGGAGCUGCUGCACACAGAGGCUACCUACAUUAAGAAACUCCGAGUCAUCACUGAUCUGUUCCUGAGUGGGCUGCUGAACCUGCAGGAGAGCGGUCUGCUGACUGAGGUGGAACCCGCCAAGCUGUUCAGUAACAUCCAGGAAAUCGUCCGCCUGCACACGGCCCUGUGGAACCAGGUUAUGCUGCCUGUUCUGGAGAAGGCCAGGCAGGCCCGGGCUCUGCUUGACCCUACUGACCUGCAGCACGGCUUCAGGACGUUUGGCUCCAGGUUCCAGCCCUACAUCCGUUACUGCAUGGAGGAGGAGGGCUGUAUGGAGUACAUGCGCACACUUCUCAGGGACAAUGAGCUCUUCAGGACCUACGUCACAUGGGCAGAGACCAAUAAGCAGUGUAACCGACUAAAGCUGGCUGACAUGUUGGCAAAGCCUCACCAGCGACUGACCAAAUAUCCUCUCCUACUGAAAAGUGUUCUCAAAAAGACAGAUGAGCCAUCAGCUCGCGACAUUGUCAACAACAUGGUGGCCACAGUUGAAGGCUUCAUCAACAGUGUGGACUCGCAGAUGCGGCAGCGGCAAGAACAACAAAAGCUGGCGACCAUUUCUGCCCGUAUAGACUCCUACGAAGCAGUGGAAGGCAGCAGUGAGGAAGUGGAGAAGAUCCUUAAGGAGUACAACCGCUUUGACCUCAUGGCUCCCAUGAGAGGGAUAUCACCUGAGGAGACUCGACAGCUGCAUUUAGAGGGAGCGCUAAGAAUGAAAGAAGGCAAAGACAGUAGGAUGGAUGUUUACUGCUUCCUGUUCACUGAUCUGCUGCUAAUUACCAAGCCAGUAAAAAGAGUUGAGAAAGUGAAAAUCAUCCGCCAGCCUCUCCUCAUCCACAACGUUGUCUGUAAGGAGUUAAAAGACCCCGGCUCAUUCAUCCUCAUCUACCUCAAUGAGUUCAAGAGUGCAGUAGCAGCCUACACUUUCCAGGCCAACAGCGCCACCCAGGGGCGAAGCUGGAUAGAUGCAAUCUGCAACGUCCAGAACCAGCUCCAGAGGCUCCGCACUGAGGAGGUUCUCCGGCAGCAGAACAACGUGAAAAGAUGUUUAGGAGGAGAAGAAGAGGAGGAGGAGGAAGACGAAAGUAGCAAUUCCACUGCAAGUUCUCCAAGCCUGAGACACAAAGACCAGCAGAACUCAAGUCACUCAGAUGGUUCUACUGAGACCCUGUCGGUGAUGGACAUUGAUGAACCAGUGGAUCACCAACAGCCCUCUGCUCCCGAUAUGAACUUUGAGGAAACGUCUAAGAAAGACUCAGAAGACGUGAACUCCUUAUCUGAUAGGUCUAACAUUCAGCAAUCUCCGUCCACAAGCCCCCACCGAACACACUCCACUGUUUACUCUGAGCACGAUCAAGAGGCGGGGCCAGACGAUGAGAAUCUGGACCCCCAGUGUCGCUCUCUGUCCAUGGACAGCGCCUACGGUACCCUCUCUCCCGAAUCCCUUUUGAGAGAACUUCAGUCGCAACCUGGACAAAUUGAAGGAGAAGAGACGGAGGAGGAAGGAGAGAGGGACAGUCAAGAGAGGAGAGAGGUGCGAAUAGAGGAUGCAGAAGAAGAACAGGAGGAGGAAGAAGAGGAGGAGGAGGAGGAGGAGGAGGAGGAAGAGGAUUCGACCUCGCUGGGAUCCCAGCUGUCAGUGGUUCAGCUGUCGAAGCCUCGCCGUAGGCCUCACGUUCAGUCACGACUCCACUGCCUCCAGCGGCCCACCACUUUGGCCUUAUCCCGCUCUGAGGACAACCUCCUACAGCGCUUCCACGGUAAAAACCCCGUAUCCCACACCCACUCACACAGCUCUGAGACGCAGGACCAAUCAAAAUGCGGGGACAUGGACACAUCGCUGGGACACAGCAGAAGCAUGUCAGAGCUGGGCCAAAACUGCACAGAGCUGUUUUCAAAUGACCUCAAUCAGUCCGACGACUGCCUCAAUAGGAGCAUGCCCUCCGAAAAACUCUGCGCCACUCUGAGGAGGGCGGAGGCCAGGCACGUACCCAAGGCCCUGGCAGGACUGUCUGAGGGCCAGGAGUCCCAAAACGACAGCUCAGAUGGGGAAAUGGCUCCAUCUGCCUGCAUAGAUCGGACAUGCGAGUCAAAUGCUGCAGGGGAAUCGGAGGAAAUGUCAAUCAAAAAGAGGAAAUCACCAGCCCAGCAGCACAAGAAGCUGACACUAGCACAGCUUUAUAGGAUACGUACCACUCUGGUCCUCAACUCCACACUCACUGCAUCGGAGGUAUAACCACUCGCAGCUGAUCCAUGGCAUGUGGUCGAAAUAAGGAACAACUUGUUUUGCAUGGAUGGACUGAAUUUCUUGAGACACGAAUGCACUCUCUCUUGCUGCCCUCCUCCUUCUCAAUACUUUUUUGGACACUGACUUUACCAUUUUUGCAUUUUGAACAAUAACAAGACUUUUGUGCUGUUGCAUUGGUUUCCAAAUUUCUCAAGAGAAGGGGAGAGGCAGGGAGACAUUAACUGCUUGCACUUUGCAAUGGAAGUAGCAUUACGGAGCUGGGACCUUAAGGUGGACUGGAGGUGUGGACGUGCUGCCCCCAAAGAGAGAACAGACUUAAAGGUGAAGACGAUGAGGCCUUUAAGCAAAGGUCUGAAAACGUCACUGGAGAAGACGCGGAGCUGAAUCCUUCACUUUCUUUAUUGAAGAGUGAGAGUGAGAGGAUGUAAAGUCUUGAAAAUGCUCUCUACACUUGGCUUAAAAAAAACACACACACACCUAGGACAUCCUAACGUUUGUACUACUCCUGGUUUGCUUCAACAAAAGAAAAAAAUAAUUGCACAGUUAACUUUGUUUAGUAGAAAAAUCACUAAGGAGUGAAUUUUCAUUUUCAGUCACAAAAUGAGUUUAUUGUUUGCUGUUUGUGUCUGCCUGUGUACAAACGUGGCUGUGUGUUAGUGUUUGUGUGUGUGAAUGUGAACAUGAACGUGUGAAUGAACAGUGUAUAUGUGUUAAAAUGAAACACGGUCCUCAAUUCCUGACUGAACCAAAACUGAUUCCUGUCUCCUGUGAAUAUGCUAAUACGCCCAAAGAUAAAAGAUGCGAGUAGCCAGUGAUUCCUAUUAAUAAAAAAAACAAAAACAAACCACACACACACCCAAAGAGACGCAGCCCAGUGAAUUUAUUUAUCGCCCCAGCUUUCACAGCACGUCAUUAAACAGCCGCAUUACGACAAACACGGACGUUCUUCUGUACUGGUAUUAUUUUAUUUUAAUUGAAUUAAUGCCAUUAGGUUUGACAAACUAAUGAGAAGACGAGUUGGUUUUCUAUUAAACCUUGUCUGAAUGUGGGUGACUAAAACUGUUUUGAUCGAUUUCCUGCACUAUUAUAUACUUAUGGUUUAAGCUUCCACUCACACUCAAGGCCUAAAUGUAUCAAAACCACAUUUACACAUGCACAAAAAAAAAAAAAAGUACAUGGUCACAUUCUAUCUUUAAAAAAAAAAAAAAAAAAAAAAAGUCGACACUUGAGUAAUGCCUGUGUUGCAACACUUUUAUCGGAGACAUUUCACUUGUUUUGUUUCUUUCUGAUAGGAGAUUGAAAAAAGGUUUGGGUUGGAUAUUUUGCAAUGAGUGAAUCUGCAGAGCUGGCUUUUGUUCAGUAGCUUUCUACAGGAGAUGGAAAAAAAAAAAAAACAAUACUGAAACACCAGAGAAACUUAACAUUCACAGUGUUGUUCAG